GAAAUCCCAGUGCUAAGACUGAAGUCCGUCAACCGUACAUUUUAACAACUGCACUUCCCUAUAUUAUGAGCACAUGUUACUUCAUUAGUGUUAGACACACCACUGCAUAUGCUGUGGAGGAAAAGACAAAUGGACAAGGCAUCACAGCAAGCACAGGUGAAUUUGGAGCAGCAAGUGUCUCUAAACACAAGGAGGAGUUUCAGCUUCUCAUCUCUCCGCAUCAAAAAAAGACACAACAGUGAGGAGGAGAGUGGAUUUACACAGCGCAGAGGGUUGAGGUCUUUUUCAUCUGCACGAGAGGCAAAGACAAAAGGUGAGCAGCCCAAAGAUAACCUCAUCUCUGAUGUUGCUGGGAAACACAGUACCAUCCAAUCAGGUGAAGAUGAUAGACAACAAGGGGCCCUCAAGAGGUUUAGUGCCAUGUGGUCCUCCCUCCGGAGAGGCAAAAGAGACAAAGUCAAAGAUCCUGAGCACAUAGAGCAGCUGGGCCCAUUGGUGGCAGAUGAAAAAUCCCGGCAACACCGCUACGUCAGCGGUCAGUACUUCUUUGAAUAUCUGGUAGUGGUCAGCCUCAAGAAAACCAAGGACGGCAACAACUAUGAACCUCAGAUCACUUACCAGUUUCCCAAGAGAGAUGGGAUGGCGAAAUUUCAGAGGGAGGAAGAGGAAAAGACGCUAAAGGCACUCACUCUCUUUUGUUUCCCAGAGGGCAUCAACUGGGCUCCUUUGACAGAAUACCGCAGUGAGACCUUCUCUUUUGUUCUGACUGAGAUUGAUGGUAGCAGAAGAAAUGGUUACUGCAGGAGAUUGCUGCCUGGAGGGAAAGGAGCACGACCACCUGAGGCCUACUGUAUCAUCAGCACGCUGGCUUGUUUUGGCCUCUUUUCGAAGAUAUUUGACGAGGUGGAGAAGCGCCGGCAGAUCUCCAUGGCCAUGAUCUACCCAUUCAUGCAGAAGCUGAGAGAGGCUCCAUUCCCAGCUCCGGGAAACACAGUGGAGAUUAAGAGCUUUAUUCCUGAGUCGGGCACUGAGAUCAUCAGUCUGACGCGGCCGCUGGAUUCCUGGUUGGAACAUGUCAACUUUGCUACACUCUUCAACUGCUUGACAGACAACGAGGUGUUGUUGGUGUUUGCUGCUGCUGUCCUGGAGAGACGGAUCAUUUUCAUCGCAGAUGAACUGGGCACAUUAUCCCAAGUCAUUCAUGCAGUAGCAGCCCUACUUUACCCUUUCACCUGGCAACACACCUUCAUCUCCAUUGUUCCAAAAAUCCUGAUUGACGUCGUGAUGGCACCCACCCCCUACUUGCUGGGUGUCCAGAAGCACUUACUGGACCAGGUUACUGACCAGAAUGAUCUGCUGUUGGUAGAUUUGUCUGAGGAUAAAAAGGAGACGUUCAUUGUUUCAAUCGGGGAUGAAAGCUCUAUUUUGCCCCCAAAGCUCCAAAAUGAAAUACUGGAAGCACUUACGAACAGAGAAAAAGCAUCAAUGGGGGAGGAGCUGAACAGGGUGGUGUCAGAAGCCUUUCUGCAUUUCUUUGUGAAAACAGUCGGCCAUUACGCCUCGUUUGUGAAAUACAGUGGUACUGGAGAACGGGGCGUGUUUGAAGAGAGAAGUUUCUACAAGGCCAUCGAGUCCAAGACCACUCGACACUUCGUCAAGAAGUUCAUCAAGACGCAAAUGUUUGACCUGUUUAUCCAGGAGGUGGAGCAGCAGCCUGGAUCACAGCAAGGAGUAUUUCACCAAAAGAUCCUUGAAUAUCAGGAGAAGAAGAAAAGGGACAAGACAAAGAAACACUAGCUGGCAGGGCUCUGGGUGUACUUAGGAAAACAUGUGAAUACUACUCUCUGUGUUUAUUGUGAUGUGUUAGUUUGGUUUUAAAUAAUUAUGUACCAAUGUGUCAAUUACUGUGUGGCUGUGUUAGUACUCUUCACAGGUGAAACACUUGCAGAAGUAAAGAUUUCUGUUCCCUGUGCUGGUUCUUAGCCUGUGACCGCAAUCUGCUGCAGAUGAGCAGGAAAAUCAUUUCAAAUAAAGACUAGUUUUUUAAGUUCUCCUACAUACAGUCUCAGCUUUUAAAAAAAAAUUUGGUAACAGGGUUUUUGUGUUACUGUAUUGUUUCACUGUUUAUUUAGUUUCUCUAUAUGUGAAUGGCAAUUAAGUAAAAUGCCCUUUAUUUCCAUGAACAAAAAGGCAGGGAAUGUAGCAGAGAAGUCCACUCUGACUUCUAUCCUAUGUAUGUAAUCUAGCUAGAUAUGUAUUGCUAAAUGCUGAUACCACACAAAUGACAAAAUGAAAUAUAUUUAUAGAGUAUAAAUAGUCUUUUCUUGCUUAACCCUUUGAUGUGUAGCGGGAGUCAGGAGAUACCCAUUUUCCAUUGGAUUUGGGUCAAUUUUGACCCAUGUUGUGCAUCAAAGUGUUAAUUAGCUUGUUUUGAGUGUGCUGUUGGUGAUGACUGCAGUCCCACACGUGUGGCCAGAUUAACCUGAAGAGCCUCAGACCUUGAUUGUACAUGGCAGUUAAAUUUUUACUCUGACACUCAGAAACAAACCAGUACUUCAAAGCUAAACUUAUCAGAUGACGAAUCUGUUAGCUUUUUGUGAAAAGUAUGUGGUAGUAUUUUUUAUAAGCACUGCCAUUGUUUAACCAACAAUUCUAAAAUUUGGCUGGUAUCAGCUUGUCAGAUGUGUAUGUUUGCUAGUUUCCAAAUUUCCUAUUAUCUAAGCAUCUUGUUCACCAUUUUGUGACAUUUUAUAUCCUGACCAAUUCAUCAGUAAAUACAAAUAACUUUCAUUCAUAUUGAUAAUAAAAAAAAGUUGAUGGUUGCAGCAUCACAGAUUGUGACUGAAUAAUACGACCUCAAGGUUUUCUCUGUGUUAAUUACCUCACACACAGCAGAGAAAGUAACACAAUUUUGAGUAAACAACUUUACACAAACUAGCUUGAGAUUUGUUUGCUCUGUGACAAUGUAAUGAAACACUAAUUAAAUUCUGAGUAUAGA